AUGGCUGCGGUGGUGGCUGGGGCCGCCCCACUGGGCAAGGGGUUGGACAUCAGCCUGGCGGCUCUGCAGCGACACGACCCCUAUAUCAGCGGUAUCCUGGACGUGGCCAGCCAGGUGGCGCUCUACACUUUUGGGCACCGAGCCAACGAGUGGGAGAAGACUGAUGUGGAAGGGACACUGUUUGUUUAUACCAGAUCAGCUUCACCAAAAUACGGUUUCACCAUUAUGAAUAGGCUGAGCAUGGAGAAUCGUACAGAGCCAAUAACUAAAGACCUAGAUUUCCAGUUGCAGGACCCUUUCCUACUUUACCGAAAUGCCAGAUUGUCCAUUUAUGGAAUUUGGUUUUAUGAUAAGGAAGAAUGCCAAAGAAUUGCGGAGCUCAUGAAAAAUUUAACUCAGCAAGAGCAGCUAAAAGCACAGCAGGGGACUGGCAUAGGAAUUUCCCCAGUAAGCUUGAAUUUGGGUGAAAGCAAGGAGGUGGAUAUCUUACGGAUGCUCACCAAAGCCAAAGAUGAAUAUACCAAGUGUAAGACGUGCUCGGAGCCGAAACAGAUAACCAGCUCUUCUGCUAUAUACGACAACCCCAACUUGAUCAAACCAAUCCCAGUGAAGCCCAGUGAUACGCAGCACCAAUGCUUACCUCAGCAAGUCCAGAACAUAGACCCCGAACCACAGCACUUAUCCCUAACCACACUCUUUGGGAAGCAAGAAAAACCCAACACAUACCAAGAUGCCUCAGAGCAUUCACAGAAACAGUACCAAGAGAACUUUCCCCUGAGGCAAGGAGUUGUGCGCUCUCUGUCUUACGAAGAGCCCAGUAGACAUUCACCCACAGCGGAGAAGCAGCUUUGUCCGGCCAUUCAGAAGCUCAUGGUCCGUGGGGCAGAGCUUCACCCUGUCUCUGAACUCCCUGAGAGCCGCCAGUGUGAAAAUGGCAACCCUCACGCCGCGGGGGAAGCCUUCACCGGACUCUUUCAGCCCAUGGCUUCUCAUAGCAUUAGAACAUCCCAUCCGGUUCAGGACCCAAGUUGCACUCGAAGCCUGUUACAGCACCUGCAGGGCCAGUCGGGACAGAUGACCAAGAUGGACGCCACCCCAGCAAGCUCAGCUGCGUCGAUCUUCAGCAGCGCUCCUGUUGCCACCUCGGCAGCCCAGGUAAACAGCCUAGCUCAGCCACCUCUCAUGUAUUUCAAUGGCACCCUCCGUGGCCAGACUGUGGGCCCUCCAGCCCUUAGUAAACAACAAUCCAAACUUCCUGGGCAGACGCUUCCUCUUUCAGGGAACCAGUCCGGCACUUCUGGAGUAAUUUCACCACAUGUAUUGUUAAAAAAGCUCCAGAUAGUGCAGCAGGAGCAGCAGUUGCAUGUAUCCAGCAGGCCGACUUUGGCAGCUAAGUUUCCUGUGGUUACUCAAAGCACAACGUCUCUGAAACCUUUGGACUCCUGGAUGGACAAGGCUUCAAAUGCAGAAAAGCAGACCCCUCUUUUUCAGGUCAUCUCACCGCAGCGCAUUCCUUCUACUGUGACUCCAUCGCUACUGAUGUCCCCGAUGGUGUUUACGCAGUCAGCCCCAGCACCACCAAAACCAAGCGAAAGUGGAUGGCUGCCCAUUGGGAACCAAGAAUCAGCUUCUACUUCGACUAACCGCCUCUUGCCUAUGCAGAACCCGGAACCAUCUGUUGCGAGCAACACUCCCCUGACAAAGCUACAGCUGCAAGAAACAUUGUUACAUCUGAUCCAGAAUGAUGAAAACUUCCUAAACAUCAUCUACGAUGCCUACCUUGGCAGAGUGAGAAAAGCAGCUCUGAAAAAGCCCAUGUGAAACGUACUUCUUAAUUUAACGUUUGUGAUGUUUGGUACUUGCCUUUUUUAAAAAAACAACAACAGCAGUCAAGCAAGAUGAGUGGUCUUUGGCUUUCUGCAUACCUUUAAGCAAUGCUCAUUGGCAAGUACAGGCUGUACUAAGAAAAUGAGUAGGUGGGAGCUGAUUGUGCCUUCCAGGAGGGUAAGGGAGAGACUGUCACAGCAAGAAGACAAGCGUAAGUGAAAAGAUGUGCUUACAAUUUUUUCUCUUACACAGGCCAACUUUUAGAAAGACCAACACUUUCUGUUCGGGCUUCUAAUCCUGGGUUUGGACACUUAUGAAGUAUUAAUUGCCUUGGUAUUUUUCUCUGAGAUCUUCUGUGACCAGAGGUAGCAAGAAUGCUGUUAUCGUGCAGCACAAUUUUUACAGGGACUGGUAGGUACUAAUUGAUGACCAGCAGAUGGCAGUUUAGGACUGUUGUUUAGAUCAUGGAGCUGUUCUGAAAACACUGUUUGGAGAUGGAGAAUAGCUGAAAACGAAAUGGCAGAAUUGCCCAUGACGUAGUCCCUUCAUCCCAUUAGGACACCAUCUCUGUUUACGUUCAAAACCUGUUUGAUCAGAGAUGGUGGCAGGGCAGAAGCAAAUGAGUGAUGACACCACAUGCUUCCAUAUCAUCUGUGGCUUAGGGAAGGACACCAUGUGCCACUGGAGAUCUGCUUCUCGUGUCAUGCCUUUCCAAGUCAACGCCAUGGCUGAAAAAGGUGAUGUGGGAAGGUUUAGCCCAGGAGUCCGCCGCUGGGAAAGACUUCUGCAUGCCGAAAAUCUGACAGGGCUGGGUGUACCUGUUUCCUUCGUAGAAAUAAGGAAGUGUAAGUUUUUUCCUCCACCAUGGUUUGUGGAAGCAUGCUUGCCAUUUAAAAACACAAGGGACAGAGGUAGCCAACCCAGAAAAAAUAGGUACACAUGCAGUGGCAUUACAGUUGGCAUCCUUAAGAUUGCUUUGAUCUCUGCAAAACAAUCCCCUCCGGUUAUCUCCAGUCUAUUAAAUCUGAAAAUGUCAGCUUUCAAACUCUUUUUAAAACAAAAACACAAGCUCUUUUUAUAAGCAUAUAUUUUUCUAUUUUGUGACCGGUAUGCUCAUAGAAGCCAGCAGAUGAUAAAAUUAUAACUCUCAGAAAUCAGUGCUUUUACUUCUAGCUGCUCUCGCCUUCUGAUGUAGAUAUAGGCUGGCACACCAGGCCACGAUACUUCAGUGUGCUUCUAGGGGGCGGCUGAAUAGUUUUUAACAUUCUGUUAAAAGUAGAGAGAAGAGUAAAUAGUUUUCAUUUUCGGUGUGCUGUUCCGUGAGCAGAUGGACAAUGGUUUUAACAAUCUAUUUGUAAAAAAAAAAUAAAAAAAUAA